CCCACCCGGCCCAACAGAAAAGAGCAAACCAGCUUCGAGCUUCCCCUUUGCCGGCUCCUGACCUGCAGCCGCGGCUGCUAACCUGCUUCCGGCGGCAGUCCGGCGAUUCCAGACCGGCCGUUCUGUUCUGUCACUCGGUGCCAGCCUGCCAGGAAACCCACCGGGCGGCGGCGUAGCGGCGCCACUGCUUCUCCCGUCCCCAGUCGUGGCCAGUGUCUCCCGCGGAACCCCCGCUGCUAGGGGCUGAAACCGUUCCCCUUUUCGCUCCUGCGGAAUCGUGUCGGGCUCGGGUGUUGCCUCGCAAUACUUCGGGGUCCUGUCGCUAAAGUUGAAUCCUUUGCUUAUUUCAAAAAAGAAAAAAGUUGAAUCCUUUGCCUCAGGAGGGGUGGAGGUGGAACGACGAGCUGGGAGGGAAGAAACCUGAGCAUGUUAGUCACUGGAUUAGGAGUGUGACAUCUGCGUACACAUGAUUACUGAAAUACUACCGGUAGCUCUGCAGUCUGAGGUGGGGUCCAAUGAAAAUGAAAAGAAAUACAUAUGUGAAAAAUAGCCUCUGCAAAUUUUAGCAAUUACGUAUCUUAUACCUAGAUCAAAGUUUCCGCAGAAUAUAAGGUGCAAGUGCAACUGUUCCUCCAUUCCCAAUAACCCUGAAUUCCACUCUCAUUUGAUCACAUCAAACUGGAACAAUUCGUAUCAUUUUCUUCCAUUUGAAAUGAAUCCUCACCGUCCCAGUGGCUCCUCAAAUUGUAAGAGUUUUCCAAAUGAGCCAUUGGGAAUGCCCAAUCCUACAAAUUUUCAACACACACAAUUCUCACACCAUGUGUCGUUUUCACAACCAUCAUAUGCUAUGAAUUUCCCCCAUCAUCAAUAUCCACAGCAACACCUAUACGCACCACAUGUCCAAUAUGUUGUUCUUCAACCACAAUAUGGUCCUUUCUCACUAUCACAACAGCAGCCUCCACCUUCUGGAGCUAUGUUGACACCACCACCACCUCCACCAGCUGGAAUUAUACCAUUACCAACACCGCCGCUCCCACCUCCACCUGCUGGAGUGGUGCCGUUAUCAGUGUCAGAGUCAGGCACUCCACAUUCAGUAACCAGUCCGGAUGAACAAGAUAUUGUUAGUGUAGGCAAUGGCAGGAAUGCUGAACCUGAUAGAACUGCUAGGCGACUGAAUUGGACGGAAGUGGAGGACUUAAGAUUGGUUAGUGCUUGGUUGAAUAGUUCCAAGUCGAGUAAUUCCAAAUAUUGGGCAAAUGUUGUGGGGUUGUACAAUAAGAACACCCCAAAAGAUCGAAAACGGGCACGAGUACAAUUAAAGCACCACUGGCAGAAGAUUAAUAAGAAGGUCGCCCACUUCUAUGAUUGCUGGUGCAAAGUUGAGGCAAAAUAUUCAGGUGCCCAUUCUGAGAAAAUGCAACCGAUGGACAAAACAUGGGCGAUGUAUAAUGAGGAAGCACGAGAGAUGUACUGUGAGGAAGCGAAACAUCAUUUUGCCUUCAGCCAUUUUUGGAAAGCUGUUUGGGACCAACCCAAGUGGAAAAGAUACAUCUCUUCUUUAUACUCCAAGAAAACUAAGUUGUCUGAAUCUGGGGACUGCACAUCAUCGGAAGAUGCUGAAGAUGCACCCGAAAUAGAAACAGGUGAACAGGGUAGCAUGCUUGUGAAGAAGAAACACGAAGCUAAAGGUAAGGUGCCAUCUCUUUCAUCAGAGUUGCAAGAAGACAUCCAGUGCUCAGUGGAUCCUCAAAACAUGACUGAGAAGAAUCACAAGGAGAUGAUAGAGGCACAGCUUCAGUGCUCAGACCAAAAGCUUGAGCUGGCUAGAUCGAGUCAGCUGAUAAUGAAGGACAAGGAAAUGGUAAUGUCUGAAAUGCAAACUGAUCUGUUGAUGGACGGGACAUCAAGGGUCCAUAAGUUGCAGCACGGAAGAGAUGGACUAAUGGCUGACAUUGCAAGGUUCAAUGAGUUUCAGCACGGGAGUGCCGUGAGGGAAGAUGUGCCUGAAAAGAAAACACAUCCACAAUGUUGCAAAAGGGUAGAGCACGCAGGGACAGUGAGAGGUGGCGUUCCUGAGCAAGAAACAUACCCACAAGGUUCCAAGAUGGCAAAGUCCAAGCGGAAACGCAAAGGGGAUGCAUCAACUCCUCCUUCGGAAGUUCAGGAAGACAUUAAACGUGCAGUGGAUCUGCAGACCAUGCUCCAGAAGGACCGCGAGAAGAUGUCGGAGGUGCAGCUCCGCCUAUCGAAAGAGAAGCUUGAGAUAGCCAGGUUGAAGCAUCAAGAAGCGAAGGACAGGAAGGAAACAACACUCUAUGAGAAGUAUACGGAACUGUUAUUGGCUGAUACCCAGAGGUUUGAUGAGUUCCAGAAGGAAGAGCACCGAAAGGCAGUAAAGCGCAUGGGGGAGAUGCUAUUUCGUAACAAUGGCAUGAAACUUCCUUCUGAUAACCUUAAGCACAUGUAGUCUGAAAUGUCAUAUCUGAACUUUGAAGCACUUGCACCUGGUUUCAUUAAGCACCUGUAGGGAAAUGUUAUCUUCCCUGACAUUGUGGCGUCAUUUAUAAAUAUUGUUUUUAGUCAGCGUGCACAAUGCUCAGCACCCUGCUUGAUAGCAGGCCAGUCACCAACAUGGCGACCCUUGCUAAAUCUGUCAGUGAGUAGCAGAUUUCCAGGAGGUCAGGAUAUCAACAGUUUGCACGCAGUGAUCAGAAAAAAAGGCUUAUAUAUUAA